AUGUCAUUUGGUCCGCUGAUGUGUGACGGGCGGCUGGCUCACCUGCUCCUCCCUCUCCUUCUGCUCCUGAGGGCCCCGCUCCUCCACAGCUUCGGAGAGCGCACAUGCCCCAACAACUGCCGAUGCGAGGGGAAAACCGUGCACUGCGAUUCCUCUAGUUUGCUGGAAGUCCCCGAAAACAUAACUGUGGGGUGCCAAGGACUUUCUUUGCGCUACAACGAGCUGCAUACUUUGCUGCCCUACCAGUUCGCGCAUCUCGGUCAACUUCUUUGGAUUUACUUGGAUCACAAUCAGAUAUCCGCCGUGGACAGUAGAGCGUUCCAAGGAGUUCGCAGGUUAAAGGAGCUCAUCCUUAGCUCCAACCGGAUCACGUCUUUACACAAUUCCACUUUCCACGGGAUUCCCAAUCUUCGCAGUUUGGACCUGUCCUACAACAAGCUGGAGGUGCUUCAGCCGGGGCAGUUUCACGGUCUGAGAAAGUUGCAAAAUCUUCAUCUUAGAUCGAAUGGCCUCUCUAACAUUCCCAUCCGUGCUUUUUUGGAAUGUCGAAGUUUGGAAUUUUUGGAUUUAGGCUACAAUCGGAUCAAGGCGCUCACCCGAACCACGUUUUUGGGUCUUCAGAAGCUCAUGGAAUUGCAUUUGGAGCAUAACCAAUUCUCGCGGAUCAACUUUUUUCUGUUCCCUCGACUAGCCAAUUUGAGAUCUCUUUACCUGCAAUGGAAUCGUAUCAGAGUGGUCAACCAAGGUCUUCCGUGGACUUGGUAUACCCUUCAAAAGUUGGAUCUUUCUGGUAAUGAAAUCCAAACGUUAGACCCGGCUGUUUUCCAUUGCUUACCCAAUCUCCAAGUUCUCAAUUUGGAAUCCAACAAGCUCUCCAAUGUCUCCCAGGAAGCUGUUUCGGCUUGGAUUUCCCUGACUUCGAUCAGUCUUGCAGGCAACAUCUGGGAUUGCGGGCCUGGCAUUUGCCCCUUGGUCGGUUGGCUGAGAAAUUUCCGCGGAACUAAAGACACCACUAUGAUCUGCAGCAGUCCCAAGUAUCUCCAAGGGGAAAAGAUCAUGGAAGCUACCAGGAACCACGGCAUCUGCGAGGAGACCGAUUACAUUUUGACGGAAACUCCCUCCCCGAUGUCGGAACUCAUUUCGGAAGCGACUGCCGAACCGACCUUCGCGCCUACGAGUGGUUUUCCGCCGAUGGCACCUACCGACGUGUAUGACCCUUUACCGCCUUACAGGCCUAGACCCAUCCCCAACCCAACUGUCCCUGGACACAUGAGCAAGAACCCUAGAGACUCAAUGCCCCGUGCGAGAUCGACCUUACCACCGCCUCCGGAAUACGAACACAUGACUCUGCACAAGGUGGUAGUUGGCAGCGUGGCACUGUUCUUCACCAUGUCUCUCAUUUUGACAAUAGUCUAUGUCGCCUGGAGGAGGUACCCGGGGGCCACCAGGCUGCUCCAGGAGAGGUCCGUAGUGGGUCGGAAGCGGCGCAAAAAGAGUCCAGAACCGGAGCAGAACCUCAGCUCCCAGUUGCAAGAGUAUUACAUGAGCUACAACCCCGCGGCCAGUCCGGAAGCGCUGGAAGUGCUUGGGAACGGCACGGGAUCCUGCACUUGCACGCUGUCCAGAUCCAGGGAGUGUGAGACUGAGUACACAUGUCCACGCCCUCUCCCCGGUGCCUGGCUGGGUGAACUGGCCACCAUCCACUAG